AUGCGUCGUACAGUGUACAAGGGACUGCACGAAGACAUGGGGCAUCUUGGAUUGGAAAGGGUUCUUGCUCUUGCCAGAGAUCGUUUUUACUGGCCGUAUAUGAGACGAGAUAUAGAACAUUUCGUUACUCGUGUUUGCCACUGUUUAAAGAACAAGAGUCCCACACUCCCAACUCGUGAACCCCUCCAUUCCAUAGUUACGACUUUUCCCUUCCAACUGAUUGCCGUCGACUAUGUUCACCUUGAGCGCAGUUCUGGAGGAUAUGAGUACAUUUUAGUGAUCGUGGACCAUUUUACGAGAUACGCUCAAGCAUAUGCCACAAAAAACAAAUCAGGUGCAACAGCCGCGGAGAAGAUUUUUAAUGACUUUGUUCCUAGAUUCGGAUUCCCGGAGAAGAUCCACCAUGAUAUGGGGAAAAAAGUUCGAAAACAACCUAUUCAAGCAGUUAGAGAAAUUGUCUGGCCAGAACCACUCCUUGUCAUCCUCGGAGGAAUGGUCAAGUCGAGCGAAUGA